AUGCCAAGAGUCUGGAAACCUCAUCGACAUGCCAAGAGUCUGGAAACCUCAUCGACAGGCCAAGAGUCUGGAAACCUCAUCGACAGGCCAAGAGUCUGGAAACCUCAUCGACAUGCCAAGAGUCUGGAAAACCUCCCUCGACAUGGGGCCAAGAGUCUUGAAAAAACCCCCAUCGACUGCCAAGAGUCUGGAAACCUCAUCGACAGGCGAAGAGUCUGGAAACCUCAUCGACAGGCCAAGAGUUUGGAAACCUUAUUGACAGGCCAAGAGUCUGGAAACCUCAUUGACAGGCCUAGAGUCUGGAAACCUCAUCGACAGGCCAAGAGUCUGGAAACCUCAUUGACAGGCCAAGAGUCUGGAAACCCCAUCGACAUGCCAAGAGUCUGCAAAUCCCAUCGACAGGCGAAGAGUCUGGAAACCUCAUCGACAUGCCAAGAGUCUGGAAACCUCAUUGACAGGCCAAGAGUCUGGAAACCUCAUCGACAGGCCAAGAGUCUGGAAACCCCUUCGACAUGCCAAGAGUCUGGAAACCUUAUCGACAGGCCAAGAGUCUGGAAACCUCAUCGACAGGCCAAGAGUCUUGAAACCCCAUCAACAGGCCAAGAGUCUGGAAACCUCAUCGACAUGCCAAGAGUCUGGAAGUCUGGAAACCUCAUCGACAGGCCAAGAGUCUUGAAACCCCAUCGACAUGCCUAG